AUGGCCUCCCGCAUCGUCUCUCGUCGUUUCCUCUCCACCACCGUGCGCCGCCUCCAGGAGCACGAGAAGCAGGAGCUCAAGAAGGAGGCCCGCCGCAACCCCGAGACCCUGGUCCUCGGCGGUGUCAUGGUCGCCGCUCUCGCUGGUGCUGGCUUCUACUUUGGCCGCACUCCUACCUCCAGCACCUCUGAGUCCCCCGUCGGCAUCGCCAAGGGCGGCAUGCCCUGGGAGACCAACACCACUGGCAAGUACCAGUACCACCCCGGUGGUGACGCCAGCCAGGCCCCCAAGGACGCUCCCUCCGCCCUCAACAGCGUCAUCGUUCCCAACGUCACCCUCCCCGCGGAGCUCCACGAGAAGUUCAACAAGUUUGGCAAGGACGGUUACCCUUAA